CCACACACAGGAAAUUUUUUGACAACAGAUAUAAAAGCGUGUCUCGUUCACUCUAAUUUUUGAUAAAAAAAAAAAACCUUUAAUUUUUGAUUUUUAUUCUUUUUUAUCAAAAAUUUUACGUGUUUUAAGUUUUAUAAGUCAUGUCUUCUAUUUUUGACAAUUGUUAUAUUACAUUCUCUGGCGUGUUUAAUGCUGGUAAUCACGCUCUCCUUGGUUCUAUUAUUCGCGAGCAUGGUGGUCAAGUUGCUUCAAGUUUAUCAAAAAGGUCUACUCACUUGGUGGUCACCGAAGAAGACUAUAAAAAACAAAGUUCAAAGGUCCUAGCUACCAAAACUAAAUUUGAUAAAGUAUCAAUUGUAACUUGGAAGUGGGUUGAAGAUUCUAUCGAAAAAGAAACAAAACUCCUUGAAUCAAAUUAUGCUCCUUCAGAUAAUACCGAUGAUAUUGAUAUGGAAGACGCGAAUGACGACUCUACUGUAAAUAGAAAACAUAAGCAAAGUGAUGAUAAGAACGAUCAAGUUAAUAAUGAUGAUCAAGAUAACAAUGAAGUCCUUCCUUCACGAAAACGUAGACGUGUUGCUAAGAAAGAUGCGAUUAAUGACAAUGAUCAUGAUCAAAGUACUACUACUGCAACUACUUUAGUUGAUACCACUUCAACUAUACAAAAAAAUACCACUACAAUUUCUACUAGUUAUCAAGUUGAUCAGAAUGACGAAGUUGCAGAAACUCGAAUUGUCGAAGAAAAAAAAAUGGUCAAGGUUGUGCUUAAGGGUAAAGCGCCGGUUGAUGAAGCCUUCGAUAAUAAGAAUUCUGUACACGUUUAUUCUGAAGGAGAAAUUGUUUGGGAUGCUCUUCUUAAUUGCACCAAUAUUGGGAAUAAUAAUAAUAAAUUUUAUAUUAUUCAACUUUUGCAAACCGAUUCUUUUAAAGAAUACUACGUUUUUAAUAAGUGGGGAAGAGUUGGAUAUUCUAAUAAUCAAACGAGCUGUUAUGGUCCUACCACAUCAUUGGAUCAAGCAAAACGCGAGUUCAACAAAAAAUUUAGAAUCAAGACUAGUAAUGAUUGGUUAACUGUAUGUCAAGAUUUCACUAAAUUUGUUCCAAGUAAUGGUAAAUAUACUUUAUUGAAACGCGACUACGAUGAUGAUGAAAAAGAAGACGAACAAAAAGAUAAAAAAGAUAAAAAGAAAACCAAGAAUAAAGAAAAAGAAGAAUCUAAACCCAUUCCAGAAUCAACCCUUCAUCCAAAGGUUCAAGAUAUCGUGAAUAUGAUAUUUGAUGUGAACCAGUGGAAGGAGGCAAUGAAGGAGUUUGAGUAUGAUUCUGUCAAAUUACCUUUGGGUAAAAUUGGAAAAUCCACAAUUAAUCAAGGAUAUGGUAUACUUAAACGGAUAGAAUCUGUGCUAAUGGGAAAAUCUACUGAAAAUUUGGAAACUUUGUCUAAUAAUUUUUACACAGUCAUUCCACAUUAUUUUGGCAUGAGAAAACCACUUAUCAUCAAUAGCUUGAAUUUACUAAAGGCUAAAUUGGAGAUGGUUGAAACCUUGGGAGAAAUUGAAAUCGCUAAUUCCUUGAAUAUUGAACGUGAAGUUGAUAUCAAUCCACUGGAUGCUCACUACAAUACUCUUAAAUUAGAUAGGUUGGAACCUUUGGAUCAUGAAUCUAUAGAAUUUAAAAUGGUGGUUAAUUAUGUUAAUAAUACGCAUGGUGUCACACACUCUCAUUUUAAACUUGAUGUCUUGGAAGUGUUUGACUUGGAACGUAAAGGAGAAAGAGAAAGAUUUCAACCAUUUUCAAAAUUACAUAAUAGAGCUUUGUUAUGGCAUGGAAGUCGUAUAACUAACUUUGCAGGGAUCUUAAGUCAAGGAUUACGUAUUGCGCCUCCGAAUGCGCCUGUGUCAGGUUAUAUGUUUGGAAAAGGAGUUUAUUUUGCGGAUAUUGUAUCAAAAUCAGCGCAAUAUGUUCAUUGUAAUUAUGGAAGCAACAUUGGUCUCAUGCUCUUAAGCGAAGUCGCAUUAGGAGACAUGCUUGAGUUAAACAAUUCAGAUUAUAAUGCAGACCAAGAAGCAAAAAAGCAAUCAAAACAUUCUGUUAAAGGUUGUGGCAGAAUCAUUCCUGAUCCUGAAAGCUUUAUCACUUUGGAAAAUGGCUGUGUUAUUCCUUGUGGUAAAAACAAAGAUAUAUCAGGCGGUGGUCAUUGCUUAUACUAUAAUGAAUAUAUUGUUUAUGAUGAAGCUCAAAUUAUGCAAAAAUAUUUGAUUAAAAUGAAAUUUAAUUAUAAUAAUAAGUAUUAUUAGCGAAAUUAUUUAAAUUUGCAGUUAAGAUCGUUAAAAAUACUUUAUUAUAUUUAGUAAUUUUAUAUUUUUAUUCACAAUAUCUUAUAUAUAUUUUAUCAUAAAUUAGUUUGGGGUUUUUUAAAUAAAU